AGAGAAUAUAGUUUUGGUUGGAUAGGAUUUGUUACUUUAAAAAGCAGAAACACGAUGCGUAGAGUAACCGCUAGCCAGCAGAAGAAGAAGAAGAACCAACCCAACCCAAACGUACACUCCUUUUUCUUCUCCAAAAAAUCAACUGCUCUUACUAUAUAUAACCCACAAAUCCAUUCAAUUGAAAAAACCCAUAAUUUUGUUUUUGCAGAUCCAGAAAAAAAAUGUGUUGCGGCGGUAGAAUGUGUAUGCUGUGUGUAUGUUUGAUAGCAGUUGUGGUGGCGAUCGGUUUUUUGUUCGGAUUUGGAGUUUUCAAAAAUGGAUUUCAUAAAUUGAAGGAUACUUUUCAUAUCGUCGAUAAUUGUCUCAAUGCUACUGCUUCUCAUUGUUCUUCAAGGCCCUUUUUGGGUUUUCCUCAUGCUCCUUCGCCCUCCAAUUAGGAGUAAUUAGAUUCUUAUUUUUUCCUUAUGAAUUUUAGCAUUAUAGAUCUGUUGAUUCGUUUAUACGAUGAAGUAGUAGUUAAUUUUGUGUAAAUUUUGCUCUUUGCUUUCACUUUUGAUGUUGAAAUUAGUUGGGUUAUUCAUUGUUGAAAAAUACUAUGUGCUUUCUUUUAGUUACACUAUUCUCAUUCUCAUGAUGUUCAUAUCCGAUUCAUCGUCUAUACUUGCUAUAUUUCAAAUUGAAAUAAAAUUUGUAACUUUUCCAUCUCA